AUGGAGGAAUCGAAUUCGAACACAGAUGAAAAGUCCUUUUUCAAAAAAAGAAGAGUCGAUCCCUAUAAUUAUAGCGAUGAGGAAGAUGAUGAAUCAGUCAUAGGUAGUGACACGGCAUACGCCAAUGAUGCCUUGAAAACGAGUAAUGGUAGCGUCCCAAUGAUCUCAAAAUUGACAAAGACAUACGGUAUUGGGGCGAAGUUGCUUUCGAAGAUGGGAUAUGUUGCGGGAAAAGGGCUUGGGAAGGACGGUUCCGGUAUAGCUACACCAAUAGAAACUCAAAGCCGACCUAUGCAUAAUGCCGGUCUAGGAAUGUUUUCAAAAACCAUCACCAAUAGCUAUGACAGUGAAGAUGAGGAUCGCUUGAGCUCUGGUGAUGAGGUGGUGGAAGGAGUAGAACAAGUCAAAUUCAAUAAAACCUCCACCGAAAUUUUAGGCGAACGUCUGUUACAUGAUAGUGGCGAUAUGACUAUAGUACAGACGCUGAGAGAGUUGAGGAUAGCAGGGGUACAAUUACCUGAUAAGAUCUUAAAAGAACUAGAUCUUCUAAAUACAGUACCAAAGUCGAAAAAGGACGCGUUUGUGGAGUCAUUGCAAGAACUGCUAGGUAUUGAAAGAAGUUUGGAAACUAUUCGUCAGCGCACCUCUCCGUUAGAAGUGCAAAUCAGAGAAUAUGAUGGGCAACAGAGGCUCCUUUCCGAGUUGGAAGUUACUUUGAGGGACGAAAGUGGCCAUAUCUCCUUGUUUGAUAAGAUCAGUACUAUUUUAAAAUUAUCCGAUGACGAGCUCAUAGACAGGUUAACGUCCACCUUAUUGAGCAAAGAGUUAUUAAUAGAAUUAGAUGUGGAUCAUUUAGAAAACUCAAGUGACGUACUUAAUGAAUUAACACAUAUUAUAGAGCUGCUGACGUAUAGGAUGGAUACGGCGUCGAAAUUUUUGAACAGGACACAAACAACAAUAUUUAAAAUAAUAUAUCCCAAACUUGAAAAAUUCUGGAAAGGGUUUGAUUUGACUAAAUCUAAAAUCGCCAGUACUAUUACCUUACUGCUGGAUUUCGAACAAGCGUUAAAUUUUAUUGAGUGUAGGGAGCAUAUUAUGGAGGAAUUUAUCUAUCCAAAGCUGUUACAGGCACUGGAUAAUUGGGAACUUUACGAUCAAGAAGGACAUGUUUCACCAAGAGUAUGGGUCUUGGAUUUUAUGGUCCUGAUUGAUGAUAAAGUCAAAGAAAAAAUCGUGAACAAGAUUGAAGCGAAAUUUCUUACUUACUGUAAAAAUUGGUACCACAGGGAAUCAUUUUGUAUCACUAAUGCUAAUAUUAUAUUUAUUAGAGAACUCAUCUGUGAAAAAAGGUAUUACAGAAUUUUAUGUAAGGAGUUUCUUCCUAAAUUUCUGGAUGAGUUAUGGGAAAGACAUAACGAGCCUAUAUUUGAGCUAGAGGAUUGGAAGGAAAAACAAGAAGAGGGAGAAAAAGAUUCUGGAUUCUUCUACUUUAUGAAAAAACUGAGGAGUUAUACCCAUUAUUUUCAUCCGAAACAGUAUGAAUUGAUGGUACGGGGAACUUUCAAUAAUAUAAACAAAAUCCUUUAUCAAUGGCAUCUUUAUAGUACAGUGAAGGACUUGCAUAAGUCAAAAUGGUGGCUUAAUUGGCUGAUGAAUACGGUAUUUGAAGACUCUUUACCAACAGGAAUGGAACUAUUGGAGGUCAGAAAAAGUUAUACUAUAUUUGCCAUGUCUGAUAGACUCCACAUUGAUAAAUCUACACUGGAUGAAGAUUUCGAUCUGAGACUAGGUUUACGAAACUUGAUGGAAACACAGGUGAUCGACGAUAUCAAUAGACUUGAACAGGUGCCUACUUAUAGUAUACAAAAUAUUCCGCUUGCGAAAGUUGGCAGUUCUUUUAAAGAUGUGGUGGAAGACUACUGUUUGGAAAAAGGGUACUUGAUCAGCAAAAUACCGAAUAGGUAUACUCAACUGCCAUAUGGAAGAGAUCGAGAUUGUAUAGUUCCUUUAUUUGAGAUCCGAAACGGGAGGAAGACAGUGGAAGUUGCUUUAAAACACGACAUUCUUUGGGUGGAGGAUUCUACUGGGACCUUUAAACCAAUUUAUUUAUGGGCUCUUAACCUCUAG